AUGUUGUCUCAUCAGUUUAAUAAUAAUGAUACAAGUAACUCGGGUUCCAGUGGUAUUCCAUUACCUGCAUCAUUCGCCUCGCAUUAUUCAGGCAGUAAAGACGUUCCUUUAAGUAGCGGUGCAUUGAAUUUAUUUUACAGUUCAUUCCA